AUGGAGACCACAACAGCAGAGACACCCAAGCUUGAACGUCGUGGCUCGGCACCCGUGAAGCGAAGAGUCCCGAGGCACAUCCAGAAGCAGCGAGAAGAGGCAGCUGCCAGUGGUAGUCCGCAAACCCCCAAUGGAAUUUCGAGCUAUUACGAGAGGCCCGGCGUAAUGGCAGAGAUGGACGAAGAUGUUUGGUCGCAGUCUGAAGCAACACCAGUUGUACAACAUUUCCCAGCCGGCAAAGGUGGUCUGCCUGCAGGUGACUGGCAAGCUCUGAACCCUGGCACGACAUUCGAUCCACCUGUCAACCACAUGAUGAUCGACCCAUUGCUUCUUGGUUCUGGUGCUGCGUACCCGGCAAUGCAUGCCGAGAUGCCUCGCGAGGAGCUGAUGUACGCCAUGAACGGUACGUACGAUGGCCGAGCUCGGAGUGCUUCACAAAACUCCCAGUCUGUGUACAUGUCUCGUUUGUCUCGCAUGCACCUUAUUCCUGGUCCUAAUGGUACACCGGUUUCGAUCCCUCCUGAGUACGCCAACAUGACGUAUCCAAUGCAGUACCAAGCAACAGGAAGGCAAUCGUCUCCACACAGCUAUGGUUCUGUAGACACCGGAUCACCGCAGUCUGGAGUGAGCGCGAACUCCUCCCAGAACGGCGCCGCCAUCGCCGCUUGCAGAUACCCUGUUUUGGGGCCACUACUACCCCACCUUGGACCGAUACUCAAUGUCACCACCGCAUGCGAUCUCCUCGAAUUUUACUUUCAAAGUUCAUCGUCGGUAUUCAUGGAACCGGUCUCGCCGUACAUUCUCGGAUCCGUUUUCAGGAAGCGAAGUUUCCUCCGACAACACAAGCCCAGGAAAUGCAGCCCCGCUCUGUUAUCAAGCAUGCUAUGGGUCGCUGCCCAGACGAGUGAAGCGAGCUAUCUGACAUCUUCGCCGUCAGCCAGAGCUAUCAUCAGCCAAAAGCUGUGGAAGCUCACAGUAGAUCUGCUCAAGCCUCUUGUCCACUCUCCAUCUUCUCACGGUUUCGCUCCUGGACCUGGCUUGACAUCUGCCGCACACGACGCUUUCGGGGUUGACCGAGCUAUAGGACGAUACGAUGGAAGACCCGACGGAGCAAUGCCACCCACCAGCACCCUGGAUGAUGUCGCUACGUACAUCAACCUCGGAGUCGUGACGUCCGCGAGCGAAUACAAAGCGGCUUCUUUGCGGUGGUGGAACGCGGCAUGGUCGCUGGCUCGAGAACUAAAAUUAGGGCGAGAACUGCCACAAGGACCCGUGAAAGAGCGAGAGACAGCUGCAACAGAGAAGGAGAUUGAGGCGGGUAUGCCAGAAGGCGCCAGCGCGCAGGCACCCGUGGGCACACCAUCCGCAGCAAUCGUGGAAGAGAUGAAGGAAGAAAGGCGCCGACUGUGGUGGUUGCUGUACAUGGUUGACCGGCACCUUGGCCUCUGCUACAACCGACCGUUGGCGAUGCUCGACAACGAAUGCGAGGACUUGUUCCAGCCGGUUCCUGACACCCUCUGGCAGGCGGGCGAGUUCUACACUGGCCACCCUGGGUCACGGAAACGGGGACUCAAUUUUGAGUGCACAUCGCAUGACAUUUUCGGUUUCUUCCUGCCCUUAAUGACGAUUCUCGGAGACAUUGUAGAUCUGAAUGCACAGAAGAACCAUCCAAGAUUUGGUCAACGGACAUCCUGGGAGCUCCACGAGGCAGAAAUCACCCGCCAGUUAGAACGGUACGCGUACAGCAUCGAGGACUUCAAGGCACAACAUGGCUGCGGCUCGAAUGAGGAAGCGCAGGCCAACAGCACCCCAGACCCAGUUCGGAGUGAGUGGAUGCAUCAGACGAGGAAAGUCGCGGCAUAUGCCACCCACAUCAUGCACGUGUUGCAUAUCCUGUUACACGGCAAAUGGGAUCCGGUGGCACUAUUAGAGGACGACAACAUGUGGAUUUGCUCACAGUCCUUCCUUGCGGCGACUUCCAACGCGAUAUCCGCUGCACAUGCGGUAGAAGUCAUACUGGACGUUGAUCCAGAUCUGUCGUUUAUGCCUUACUUGUUCGGCAUGUAUCUCCUGCAAGGAAGUCUGAUCCUGCUCCUUCUAGCGGACAAGCUAUCGACCGAGACCAAUGACGGAGUUAUUCGAGCGUGCGAAACCAUUGUCCGGGCACACGAGGCGGCAGUUGUGACUCUCAACACCGAGUAUCAGAGAAACUUCCGCAAAGUGAUGAUCUCGACAUUAGCGCAAAUAAAAGGCCACGGCCACGCCAGAGAGAUGACGGCUGCGAAGCGGCGGGAAGUCCUAUCCUUGUAUCGCUGGACAAGUUUAGGAAACGGAUUGGCCAUAUAA